CUCUCUCUCCCUCUGUAUAUAUAAAAUCCGGCAAAGCACCACCGUGUUUAACAAUAUUUUCUGAUUUUCUCUGCGUCCUUUCUUUCAUUUCACGCAGUGCUUUGAGGCAGCACAGGUAUGCGCAGGGAUGUCCGCGUCCGGAUUUCACCAAAAAAGAAAAGAUGUCCAACGUUUGCUGAUGCGGCAACGGCAAGAAACGGCCAGUUCGCUUAUUACCCCUUGAUGCACUCGGCACUCCCAUCCGCACCACCAUGCUUUCUCCUACCACAUAGUUUAUCCCGCUAGAGUCAGCAGACUUUCUGGAUGUCUUGUAUGCGUUCAUAUGCCUGUAACUCAGCCCGCUUUCAUUUCGACUUGUCCAGCAGCAUGCUUUUAUACAGCCUAUUAAGAGACUCCGAAGUCCAAGAUUUCAGUCACUGCAAGACGAAGAUGCUUCGGGCAGCCUUAGACGCCAAAGUCAGAAAUACGCCGCGGAUACUUAUUAAAAUGGUGUAGCCGAUUAAUAUUUCAGGAAGCCUCAUAUCUUGCGCGCUGUAAAGUGAUAGCCAUAUUAAAACAAAGCUGCGAGUGCAAAGUUGUCGCUCUUCCUUACGGUGCAUACGGACUGUUCGCAUUCCUAUACAUUUUCUCUUCAUACCAUCAAGAGCAUUUUCGCAUUCCUCGCAACGAGCAACUGCACAGUUGGCGCUCUGACCACCCACAUGUCUACAUCGUAAAAAAAAAAAAAAAAAAAAAACGGGGAGUUGAAAUUGCUGAGCUGGCAAAGAGCUUCGCCUUUCGAUCCAUUUCUUCCCCCUGUUUGACGGGGUGAUAGAAGCAGCAGUAAGAAGAGCCGAUAGAGAAGCGAUGGUCGAGUCAGCGCGAAACGUAGAGAAACGGCAUUGAGGAAAAGCGAUCCAUCAUUCUGCAAUACAUGUACAGGGCCACCUGAAGAAAACUGAACGGGAAACUGGAUGCCUGUUCAGCCGGGCUGAACGCAAACCCGCAUCGCCCGCAACGCGCAAAACUCGACCAACAGAAUGACGGUGGUGGCCGGAGAUAACAUGGACGAAGCUUCUGGGCACCCCCAGGACGCGUACCCCCCAGACCAUGACGAUCACGAUUGCUGCGAGAGGGUGGUCAUCAAUAUCGCAGGGCUGCGCUUUGAGACUCAGCUGAAAACCCUUGCGCAGUUCCCGGAUACGCUCUUGGGCAACCCCAAGAAGAGGAUGCGCUACUUCGAUCCGCUGAGAAAUGAAUAUUUCUUUGACAGAAACCGUCCCAGCUUUGACGCCAUACUCUAUUAUUACCAGUCCGGGGGUAGGCUGAGAAGACCGGUCAAUGUGCCGCUGGAUAUGUUCUCGGAGGAGAUCAAGUUCUACGAGUUAGGGGUGGAAGCGAUGGAGAAGUUCCGGGAGGAUGAGGGGUUCAUUAGAGAGGAAGAGCGCCCUUUACCCGAAAAAGAGUUUCAACGCCAAAUCUGGCUGCUGUUUGAGCACCCGGAAAGCUCGGGUCCGGCAAGGGGGAUUGCCAUAGUUUCAGUGAUGGUCAUCCUGAUUUCCAUCGUAAUCUUUUGUCUGGAGACCUUACCUGAACUGAAAGAAGACACCACGGGGCGAAUGAUAACCGUGGGGAACAGUACAUACUUUUACAAACCGAACAUUUUCUCAGACCCUUUCUUCAUUGUGGAGACCCUAUGUAUCAUCUGGUUCUCUUUUGAACUGAUCGUUCGUUUUUUCGCUUGCCCCAGCAAAGCGGCGUUCUUUAAGAACAUGAUGAACACUAUUGAUGUAGUGGCCAUUAUCCCUUAUUUCAUCACGCUGGGAACGGAGUUGGCCGAAGAUCAAGAAAGCGCUGAGGCAAAGGGGGAGCAGGCGACGUCUCUAGCUAUCCUCAGGGUAAUUCGCCUGGUCAGAGUAUUCAGGAUCUUCAAGCUCUCCAGACACUCCAAGGGGCUGCAGAUCUUGGGGCAGACCCUCAAAGCCAGUAUGCGUGAACUGGGCUUGCUGAUAUUCUUCCUCUUCAUCGGUGUUAUCCUAUUCUCCAGCGCCGUGUACUUCGCUGAAGCGGAGGAGAAGGAGUCAUACUUCACCAGCAUCCCGGACGCGUUUUGGUGGGCAGUGGUAUCGAUGACGACUGUGGGCUACGGAGACAUGUAUCCCGUGACGAUAGGGGGCAAGAUCGUGGGUUCCCUUUGUGCCAUCGCUGGAGUAUUAACGAUAGCGCUGCCGGUUCCCGUGAUCGUGUCCAACUUUAAUUACUUUUACCACAGAGAAACCGAAGGAGAGGAGCAAGCGCAGCUGCUUCAUGUCAGCAACCCAAACAUCGCUUCUGACACCAGUUCUAGUCGUCGUAGUUCGACCCCCGUUAGUAAGUCAGAAUAUAUGGAGAUUGAUGAGGAUAUAAAUAAUAGUAUCGACAAUUUUAGGGAGGCAAAUCUCAGAACUGGCAAUUGCCUCGUUAGCAACCAAAACUGUGUUAAUAAAAGCAAGCUGCUGACAGAUGUGUAAAACCGAAAAUCCCAGCAGCAACUACACGAACUUACGUGAAGCCGUCCAUUAAUGUAUAUACUGUAAUCAUAACUGAAUGCUUUAUUUACCUCGUUAAUGCGUUCUUGCAUUUCGAUUAUGCUCAGCGAUGUAAAACGAAAACACAAAUCGAAGGUAAAAGAUGCUUUCAGAAUAAGUGAAAGAUCGAUAUUUUCAUUUAUUUUCAAAUGGGCCAUCGAGUUUGUCUGAGAAAAGGAACAAACAGAAAUGAAACAUACUUUGACUCGUUUUUAUUAAAAUGAGACAUUGUGCGAUUCCCCUCGCCGUCCCGACCCGGGAUUCACUGCUUGCCCAAACAGACAAUUACUAGAUUAUUGGCAAAAAAAAGUUAUGCAUGGAUUACAGCGAAACACACAGCGCAUCCAGGAAGUGCAUCAAAGUCUCUCGUCCAGCCUAGUAGCAAGCAUUCGCAGUUAUCGAUCAGCGGAUUCCCGUGCGACAGCCGAUGCCAUUACCUGAGACUUACUGCCCAGCACAGCACCUUAUCGUAAAGGAAGGGACCGUCCCCUUGCUGCCAAUUUAAGGCGGUCCAAGUAAUAGUCCCGAGGACAUCUGCAAUGCUGCUAUUUUUCGGAGAUGCUGUAAUCCCUAUUUUACCGAGCGCGUCCGACGCCAGGCCCUCUAGAUGUAAGACAGCACAACGACAGUUAAAUACUAAAAAAGUUAAAUACUAGCAUGUUCAGAUACUCUUCGUUUUAAUAUCGGCAUGCGUGAGUCAUUUCCUCAUGUAACGGAAAACUUUAUUUCUGUUUGAGUCAAAUUGAUUUCUUUGCUUUCGAGUUUUCUAAUAAUUUGGUUUCACCAGAAGUGCACUAGUUAUUUAUCAUUUGUUAAUACUUUAAAGCAUUUAAGUGCUGAAUGUUAAAUCUUUAGGAAUUGGAGGUCUUGGCAUGUUAAAAUACUCCGCAUCAUGGCCUAAUGAACUAAGGUACUAUGUAUCCUAGUAUAUUUAAUGCAUGAAAGUCAGUAUUAAACAGCUUGCGGUAACAGGGAUGUUUAGUCGGGCAGAGCGAUUCACUGCUCAUUAGCAGGGAAACGACAAGCUGGUUUUUGCCUGAACUAUGAAAGAUCAUAUCCAAGUUUAACGUGUGGAUACAUAGCUUUUCAUGAGAAAGCAAACGCAAAGAAAAAAAAGCAACUAACGAAAUAAUAAUAAUAAUAAUAAUCAAAUUGCAUAGGUUGCACCUAAUACAGUCAGUGUUGCUUAUCUGGUGCAGUGCAUGGACUCUCUCUGAACAUGAAAACCGAAAAAAGUGUAUAAUUGCUACAUCCACAUUGCCGUUGAGUUUUUAGGCAUUUAUGGUUUUCAGACAAAUUUUUUUCAAAAUGAUUUCCAGUAACAUUUCCAGGAGAACUGACGUGGCAAAACGAUUUAAAUUAGUUGCUAGUGCCUUUAAACCUUCCUACCCAGUGGAUUGUUAAAGUGCCUCCCUUUACCAUAGAGUAACACAGUUAGAUCAGAGCUGAAACGAGCCUCCUUACUGCAGUGCACUGUAAUCCAUCUCUGUAUCCUUUAUGGAAAUAACUGUCAGAUACAGUACAUUAACAAAGCAGCUCCCCGGCCACCGGCGGAGCGGGACUGAGCGGUCGGACCUGAAUCCCAUCAGAUUUCAUGGGACGCGCCCCUCGGAACAUCGUCCACCAAAGUACCUCCUGACCGCCGUGUACACGGGCAUCGGAGAUCCGGAUGACGGGGAUAAGCUGGGGAGGGGACGUAAAGAAAUUGUACUUGUUUUGUUACUAACACCCGUAUUCCUUUUUUUUGUUUGUUUUAUGGCCGUGUAACAAGCCUAUAGGUAGUCUACCUCAGUAGUUACGUCUCUCUGCACAGUGCAUUUGCCUCCGCGUAUUCAAUGUUCAGACACCUGCCAUCGUUGGUCAUACUCGUUAAUGAAUCCAUAUUAGUUAACUGCAUUAAACGUCUCAAUUUCCCAGGCAGGUUACCCUUACAGAAAAGCACUUAUAACAAGUAUUAUCCGCAAACUCCGAGGUACGCACAAUCACGACCAAUGGCGCUUUGGCUCCAAACCACCUGCCUGUGAGUGAGAUUUCCUGGUUUUGAUCACUGGAGUCCUUGUACAUUUGGUGAAAUGUUUUAGACCAUUAUGGGCAACAGCAUAGAACAAAUACAUGAAUUAAAUCUGAAAAACGUGCACCUGCGGUGUUUCAUAUAUCAAUCAAUAUCAGAAACUGCUUUCCUUUUUAUUUAUUUUCCAAAAUAAACAAAAGCACUUGUGUAAGAGUUGUACUCUCUCAGCAGACUCAGAAUCUGUGAUGACAUCUAACAGAUUAUUCCCAUUUUUACCCGGCUGGUAUACUGGUGUUCUGUUGACCAGUCAUAGGGGUCAAAGGACAAUUUUGAGUUGACGAGUCAGUACUCAGUACUGUUCAGGAUUGGGUUGUGGAAUGACGUGGUACCCUGAAGGCCGCUGGUAUUACAGUGUACAGUAUGUAUGUAUGUUUUAUUAGCAAGUCAGUGGUUGUGGCAUCUGGGAUUGGAUGUUGUACGCGUGUCAGUUGUUCGUGAGCUGCACUUAUGUAAAGCUGCCAUCUAUUUUGAUGCGAUAGGGCAACUGUAUCAGUAAUUAUGAUGCAACCUUUCAGAAGGAUGUUUAGGAACGUAUCUGAGAGAGUUCCCUUUAAAUAUGGACACUUUCCAAAUCGGCAAAUGCCACCCAGUCCGUUCUUUAAAUUUAUUUUCAUAAUGAGUAAAUGAAUGCGGACCAGUGGAACAUUGAGCAAAAAAUAUGUAUACAUACAUAUAUAUAUAUAUAUAUAUAUAUAUAUAUAUAUAUAUAUAUAUAUAUAUAUAUAUAUAUAUAUAUUGUCACAAUGACUAGAUCUCUCUCUCGAAAUUUCUAAAAUUGUAGUUUCUGUGACUUGUUUCACUGCAGUUACUGCAUUGUUUUCGAUAGCAUUUUUUAGCCUAAAAAAUUUAAACAGCCUAUGCAAGCAUGACAGAAUCUCCAGUGAUUAUUUUUUGGCGAAUGGAACACAUUUUAUAGCGCUAAUAUAAGAUUGAAUGUUAGCUAUGAUAUCUAGCUAUGUCCUUAUUUCUCAUAGCAAACAUACAUAUCAUGCCGGCUAAAGGGGUAUUAACCAGUCAUAAGGUCUCAUUGGAAGAGGAGAUGUGUGCUCCAGUAGGUUAUGAAUCUGUACCGGUGUCCGGAAGGUUGUGGAUUUGAAUCCUGUAGCCAGCAGUUACAUCACUGUUGGGCUCUGAACCCCACCUGCUUCAGGGAUUUUGGAUGCUGCUGGCUGGCUUUCUCUUUGACCCUAUGCUUUCCUCCAUUGAGCAUCACUUUGGACAAUAGCAUCUGUUAAAUGUAGAAAAGGAAAUUGGGAGACCCCCCACUCCAACCCCCCAGUGUCUAUACAGCAGGAGGUAGAGUGUACAAAGUCAUCUUUGACAGUGUCAGAACAUUUAACUGUCUAACUGUUUCUCUUCCCCAGUAACACAGCAUGUUAAUAUGGUGCUAUGCAUUUAAAACAUUUAAUUCAGCAUUGAAGUUUGGCAGAGGUAGAGAUUAACCACUGCGUCGUUUUUGUAUGAAAAACAUAAUCCUAUUUUUCAACCCGGCAAUGCGGUAAAGUGUAUCUUGUGGUACAAACAGAGAUGACAGGAUAGUGGGAGUGCAAUGGCUCUUGAUCUUGUACUGAGUACAAGCCAAUAGUAAUUACAAAAAGACAUAAUUGUCCUUUUAAUUGGCUGAAAUCAGUUUUGAAGGGACCAACCAUGGUAUUUGAAGACAUUGGAGAGUUUUUCUGCAAGUAAAUCACACCUGGCAUUUUGAACAGGUAGUGAUCAGUAGGACAAGCACAGAUUUAGAGACAAUUCCAGUGUUAAUAUUUGGGGAAAAAUGUAUUUAUUAUUUAUCUCUUACUUGAAGUGCAAAGUGUGGGUUGUUCUACAUGAGGACAACAAUGGAGUAUGUUGAAUAUGUCAAGAUAGAGGCUUAAAUGAAAGAGAAGAUUGCAUUCAAUGGAUAGUGUUCACCCUGAAAAGCAUUUAAAUGAUGGAAUUCAGUUAUCUUGAGCUGAAUGAAAGAAAAUAUUUAAAAUAACACAAUCACUGUUUUCUACUUUAAUUCACCUGAGUACUGUGGUAUAACUGGUUGGCAAAUUUAUGAGGAAUUAAAACAUUAUCCAUUCCAGUGCUAGAAAAAUUGAUUAAAAUAUUAAUAAGCCUAGAAUGUUUUACAUUUCAGUUUUUCAUAAGGAGGUUGUUGAGAUGGGAAAUGUACUUUGAUUUUAACGGUACCGAUGUAAACAUAACUGUUUCCGCUGCACAGAAAACCAGUUGGUCAAAACAUUAAAUGAUUUCCCAUCAAUCUAUUGACUUAAAAAUCGCCACUCAGUCGAUCUUCAGUGUUUCCUGUGUUGUACUGAUACAAGAGACACUUGUGUUUAGAUCGAAGGGAGUGGGCUGAGUUUCUGACUCACCACAAAGGAUAUCUGGGUCACACUGUUGUCGCUCCUUUCGUCUCUUGCCCCCAGUGGCGUCCUGUUCAUCACCGGGCUGUAGGGCCAGAAGCCAAUCACACGAUUGCAGCCAUAUGAAGAUGGAACAUACUGUGGCAACAAUUUCACUUUCAAAUGCCUGCUUUUAUGUCAGUGUACAGUUGUUUUCAUCCAUUGAUCUAUUGUUAUUAUUAUUAUUAUUAUUAUUAUUAAUAUUAUUAUUACUGCCAUUAUCACACUAUCCCAGUGGAUUUUUUACAGUCUCAUUGAAGUUUAUUGCUUUCUCUUACACCAACUACUAGGCUGUUGGUAUCAAAACAAUGUAUAUGAUAUAUAUGAAAUAUAUAUUAGUGUAUAUGUGUUUUUUUGCCCCCAACAAAGUUGUCCCAGGCAACUAGACCAAGUGCAUUGUGAAGGAGCCUGGAUUGUUUCAGUUUUUUUCUUCUGGAAGGUUUUCAUUUGGAGGUUAGGGUUAUUUUUCGAUUCAUGUACCAUAAAGUUGUUGAUAUUGCCAUUUCUUUCUUCUGUGACAGUCUGUAAUGUUUGUCAUGUUGCUGAAGGCAUAGUCUGUGAUCUAUGCAAAGGUGUCCACUUUAUUUUUUUGUCACGAUUCUGCCAUGUAUCAUUCGAUUAAAGACAUUUUUAAGGCUC